GUCGGGACUCUGAAGCACCCGACUCUAAAAGGAUCUGCAUCAACAAUUGGCAUUAUUAAGUCAUUGAUUGGUCAUUUUGAUUUGGAUCCAAAACCGUGUUUUUGAUAUUGUGCUUGAGUGUUUUGAACUUCAGCCAGAUAACGACAUGUUUACAGAGCUGAUUCCUAUUUUUCCUAAGUCUCAUGCUUCAACAGAUUCUUGGAUUUAAAUUUCAAUAUUAUCAGCGCAUGGAAGUCAGUAAUCCUGUACCAUAUGGGCUCUAUAGACUUGCAGCCUUGCUGGUGAAGCAAGAUUUUGUUGAUCUUGAUAGCAUAUAUACUCAUUUACCUCCCCCAAGGAUGAAGAAGCAUUUGAGCAUUAUAGCACUUUCUCUUCCAAGCGCCUCGAUGAGGCUAAUAAAAUUGGAAAAAUAAACCUUGCUGCUACUGGAAAAGAUCUAAUGGAUGAUGAGAAAAUGGGGGAUGUCACUAUUGAUCUCUUUGCUGCUAUAGCCAUGGAAACCGAUGCAAUUGGCGAGCGGAAAUCCGAGCUUCAAAACAGUCAAACAUUGGGCUUGCUUACUGGCUUUCUUUCUGUGGAUGACUGGUAUCAUGCACAUGUACUAUUUGAACGUCUCUCACCACUCAAUCCGGUGGAACAUAUCCAAAUAUGUGAUAGUUUGUUUAGGCUUAUUGAGAAGUCAAUUUCUUCACCGUAUAAUGUUAUUCGCCAAGCACAUCUUCAAAACCCUGGAUCGUCCACUGGAGGCAGCACCAAUGCUAUGGAUGUAGAUAGCCCUUCAGGACACAAUUCUUUCAUAGAUCUUCCGAAGGAAAUUUUUCAGAUGCUUGCUUGUACUGGACCUUUUCUCUACCGAGAUACUAUGUUGUUACAGAAGGUUUGUAGGGUGUUGAGAGGUUAUUACCUUUCUGCUCUUGAGCUUGUAAGUCAUGGUGACGGUGUCUUGAAUCCUCAAUUUCAUGUUAUUGGAAAUCCUCACCUACAUUUGAAGGAAGCAAGGCUAAGGGUGGAGGAUGCUUUAGGAGCUUGUCUACUACCUUCUCUACAGUUGGUUCCUGCUAAUCCAGCUGUUGGCCAGGAAAUUUGGGAAAUAAUGAGUCUUCUUCCUUAUGAGGCACGAUAUCAUUUAUACGGUGAAUGGGAAAAAGACGAUGAUCGCUAUCCUAUGCUGUUGGCUGCUAGACAAACUGCCAAGUUGGACACUAGACGUAUUUUAAAACGGUUGGCAAAGGAAAAUUUGAAGCAGCUGGGUCGGAUGGUCGCAAAAUUAGCUCAUGCCAACCCUAUGACUGUCCUUCGAACAAUUGUUCACCAGAUUGAGGCAUACAGACACAUGAUUACACCUGUAGUGGAUGCUUUUAAGUAUUUGACUCAGCUUGAAUAUGAUAUAUUGGAAUACAUUGUGAUUGAGCGAUUGGCACUUGGUGGACGUGAUAAGUUGAAGGAUGACGGGCUUAAUUUGUCAGACUGGCUUCAAUCUCUAGCUUCAUUUUGGGGCCACUUAUGUAAAAAGUACCCAUCAAUGGAAUUGCGGGGCCUUUUCCAGUAUCUUGUGAACCAGUUAAAAAGGGGACAAGGAAUUGAGCUUGUUCUACUGCAGGAGCUUAUCCAACAAAUGGCAAAUGUUCAGUACACAGAGAACUUGACUGAGGAACAGCUGGAUGCUAUGGCAGGGAGCGAGACUCUUAAAUAUCAAGCAACUUCUUUUGGGACGACUCGAAAUAAUAAGGCAAUGAUAAAGUCAACUAGCAGGCUUACAGAUUCAUUACUUCCUAAAGAUGAACCGAAGCUGGCAAUCCCCCUCUUGCUUCUUCUUGCUCAACAUCGUUCUCUGGUUCUUGUCAAUGCAGAUGCACCCUACAUUAAAAUGGUCAGUGAACAAUUUGAUAGAUGCCAUGGAACUCUUCUUCAAUAUGUGGAUUUUCUAGGCAGUGCAGUCACACCACGAUCAAAUUAUGCUAUUCUUAUUCCCUCACUUGAUGACCUGAUCCAUCUUUAUCACUUGGACCCUGAGGUUGCUUUCUUGAUAUAUCGCCCUGUUAUGAGACUUUUCAAGUCUAAGAGGACUCCCGAUGUUUGCUGGCCCUUGGAUGAUAAAAAUAUUGCAAGUGAUCCAUCUACGAAAUUUGAGUCUGACCCUGCAGAUUAUUCUGAUAGUAUGGUUCUAGAUAUUGGCUCCAACAAAAAUCCUAUUAGUUGGUCAUAUCUUCUUGAUACUGUUAAAACCAUGUUGCCUUCAAAAGCAUGGAAUAGCCUGUCUCCUGAUCUUUAUGCAACAUUUUGGGGUCUCACAUUAUAUGAUCUGUACGUUCCGAAAAAACGUUAUGAGUCAGAAAUAACCAAGCUGCAUGAUAAACUUAAAUCUUUGGAGGAGCUUUCUGACAAUUCAAGCUCAGCAAUCACCAAGAGGAAGAAAGAAAAGGAAAGAAUUCAAGAAUCCCUUGAACGUCUUAUUAGUGAACUGCAUAAGCACGAAGAAAAUGUCGCAUCUGUCCGCAGACGGCUUUCUCAAGAAAAAGGCAAAUGGUUAAGUUCAUGUCCUGAUAUCUCGAAGAGUAACAUGGAGUUUCUUCAGCGUUGUAUAUUUUCACGCUGUACUUUCAGUAUGUCAGAUGCUGUUUAUUGUGCUAUGUUUGUACACACACUCCAUUCCCUUGGAACACCCUUUUUUAACACAGUCAACCAUAUAGAUGUUCUUAUUUGUAAAACCCUUCAACCAAUGAUAUGCUGCUGCACUGAAUAUGAAGUUGGUAGGCUUGGCAGGUUUCUCUAUGAGACUUUGAAGAUUGCUUACCGUUGGAAGAGUGACGAAUCUAUUUAUGAACGCGAGUGUGGAAACAUGCCGGGAUUUGCUGUGUAUUAUAAAGAACCUAAAAGACAGCUAGUUACAUAUGGGCAGUUCAUUAAGUUACACAGCAAAUGGAGUUCAAAAAUCACAGGGUCACUAAUUCGCUGUCUGGAAUCUAGCGAGUACAUGGAGAUUAGAAAUGCUCUUAUAAUGUUGACUAAAAUUUCCAGUAUUUUCCCCGUAUUGCGGAGGAGUGGGAUGAACCUUGAAAGGCAGGUAGCUAAGAUUAAAAGUGAUGAAAGAGAGGAUCUUAAGGUGUUGGCAACUGGUGUAGCAGCAGCACUGGCUGCUAGGAAGCCUUCUUGGGUUACGGUUGAAGAAUUUGGUAUGGGUUAUCUUGACGUGAAGCUUGCACCAUCUAUGACUAAAUCUGCAGCGGGAAAUUCUGCAGCAGUACAAAGUGGGAUAGGUCUUCAUGAUUCUCAAACUGAAUCUGCCAGUGGGAAACAUCUGGACUCUGGAAACACAGUCAAAGACCAGACAGUACAAACAAAAACUGCAGAUGGCAAGUCAGAAAGAACUGAAAUCAUUACAACGAUAAAAUCAGAUUCUCUGCCCUUACUUGCUGGACAAUAUGGGGCAUUAAGAUCUGCAGAAAACCCUACGCAAGUGGAAGAAUCCAUAAGUAGGGCACCGGAUGAACACGUUACAAGAAAUGCUGAGUCAAGAGCCCCUGUGAAACAUUCAGUGGCUACUGGUUCAUUUUUGAAGCCAUCAAAACAAGAUCCUUUGAAAGAAGAUGGUAGAUCUGGAAAAACUGUUACUAGAACUUCUGGUUCCUCGAGCAGUCACAAGGAUCUUCAGACCCAUGCUCCAGAUGGAAGACACACUGGAACAAACGUCUCUUCUUCAGCUACCUCGAAAUCUAGUGAUAAAAUUCGGAAGCGAGUUGGUUCUGUUGAUGAACUAGACAGACUAGGUAAACGGCGGAAAGGGGAUGUAGAUCUAAGAAAUUUCGAGGGUGAAGUUCGAUUCUCUGAAAGAGAGAAGCUGAUGGAUCCUCGAUUUGCCGAUGACAAAGUGGGACUUGAUGAACUUGGUCUGUACAGAGCAUGUGAUAAUACAUUUGAAAGGCCAAAAGAAAAAGGCAAUGAAAGAUAUGAAAGGCAACACAGGGAAAGAUUGGACCAUCUGGACAAGUCUCUUGGUGAUGAUGACUUUAUUGUAGAAAAACCUAGAGACGUGUCGAUAGAAAGAUAUGGAAGAGAACGAUCGGUUGAGAGGAUGCAGGAGAGGGCUCGUGAGAAAAGUUUCAAUAGACUCCCUGACAAGGCUAAGGAUGAUAGAAAUAAGUUACGAUACAAUGAUGCAUCAAUAGAAAAAUAUCACACUGAGGGCCGCUUCCAUGGACAAAACUUGCCUCCACCACCCCAUUUACAUCCUAAUAUGGUUCUUCAAUCUGUUGGGGCUGGUAGGCGUGAUGAAGAUGCUGAUAGGAGGUAUGGAGCUACAAGGCAUUCUCAAAGACUUUCUCCAAGGUAUGAAGAACUGAGACGGUCUGAAGAGACUCUGAUUUUGCAGGAUGAUCCCAAACGUAGAAAAGAUGAUUUUCGAGAUCAGAAGCAUGAAGAAAUGAAGAUGGAAGAGAGGGAAAGAGAGAAAGCAAACAUUCUAAAAGAAGAGGAUUUAAAUGCUGCAUCCAAGAGACGUAAACUUAUGAGGGAGCAUCUACCAACUAUAGAGCCUGGGGAGUACUCACCAGUUACUCUUCUCCCCGGUAUUGGCAUGUCACAAGCGUAUGAUGGAAGAGACAGAAAGGGGCCAACGAUCCAGCAUGCCAGUUACAUAGAUGAACCUAGUCUUAGGAUUCAUGGUAAAGAGGUAGCCAGCAAGCUGAAUCGCCGUGAAUCAGAUCCUUUGUACGACCAUGACUGGAAUGAUGAGAAGAGACAAAGAGCUGAUCAAAAGCGAAGGCAUCGGAAGUAAAUAAUGAAUGUGUGAUUCACAAGUAAAACAUUUUUGAAGGUUGUUCAUUUCGUGGAGGUGCUAGGGUCACAUCAGUAUUAUCUGCUACCUUGUGUACCGAAUUUUAUCUGUUCAAAUUAUUUUGUUUCCCCCAGUAAAGUGGGUGCAAAGAAAAUAUGAAUUGACACAUACACUUGUAUAUAGCAUUUAUUUUGGGUAGCAAGUGAUCAAAUGUACUCUUUGACGA